GCGGCUGCCUGGCAGAGGGCACAGCGGCGAGGACCGGCGCGCUGCUCCGGCGGGUCUCGGCCCCCGGGCGGGCUGGCGGGCGGAGGCGGGAUGCGGUGCUGGCCGCGCCCGGGGCACUGGCACUGAGCGGCGGGCGCUGGGCUGCAGCCGGCCGGUCCCGGGGCCGGCAGGAUGGGCUGCGGGGGGAGCCGAGCCGAUGCCAUCGAGCCGCGCUACUACGAGAGCUGGACCCGCGAGACCGAGUCCACCUGGCUGACGAACACCGACACCGAGCCUCCGCCGCCGGCCUGCGGCCACGAGAGCGCCCGCGCCGAGGCCGGACUGCGGGAGCAGGGCGCGCCGCACCCGGGUAUGCUGGAGGAUGAAAAGUCAACUCAGACCUGUGUUACCAUGUCCUCGACUGCAAGUGGAAUAAUUAAUACUGAGAAGAAAACUAGCUGUGGUACUCAAUGCACAAAACCUGCAGUCCAUCCCUCUGGAACGAUGACACAGAAACACAAUAACUUCAGAACAGCAGAGGCUAAAUGGGACACCAAGAAAAUGCCCACAAAAGAAGGCACCAUUAAUGUUACAAAAAGCAUCAGACAAAUUGACAGUGACAGAAGAAUCAGAAAGAAUUGUGUCAAUUAAAGGAGUAAAGCAAAAGUGAAGAUGGACCUGACAAUACUUUGCUGCACUUUAACUGUGACUGAUCACUUAAGAUUUGAAGAUCUCAAGGUGUUCUGUGUUGAAUGCAAUGGGCAGCGGCUGCUGAGUGCCUUGAGAAACAUUGUCUUAACUAGCAGUAAAUAGCUGCAAACACUGUUGGAUGUUCAGACAUGUAUUUAUCUAUUGCAAUGACACUGUACAAAAAUAUAACAAAAUAUGUACCAUUUUUUCUCCAAGUCCUAUGCUAUCUAAUUGUAGAUUUUCUAUGCUGCAUUGCUGUUAGGAUGAGAUUGGACAAUUAGAGCUGCAGUUCAUCUCACUUUAAAACAGAGAAAGAAUAACUAAUCUGUGUUAUUAGUAAGUAGCCUGAAAUGUGUUACUUUCUGUUUUACAAAGUUAAAGAUCUGACUUUCAUAAAAACUCAAACCCAGAUAUCUCAGAAGUAAAGAAACACAAAUGGCUUCCAAUUUUUGACUAUAUACAUGAUCCAUGAGUCAUAUUGUCUUCUGGUUAAAUUACCUUGUUUUAAAUUAGUUUCUAUAGCAGAAGAGUUUAGGUCUUAAAAGCAAUAAUACUCAUGUUGUUAUCAGUCUAAUGAAUCUGAAGUACCCAGUUUAAGCUCAUAGGUAGUGUUCAGUUUACAUUCUGUCUUGGCUCUUGCUCAAUUCUCCCUUCAGAAAGUCCAAACUGAGAACUGUUUUACAAGAGUUUGUAAGACACCCUUCACUUUCCAACUUUAUAUAUAAAUAAUCAGACCUUCCCAAAUAAUUUCUUAAUGCUGACAACUGCAAGAAGAUGAUCUUUAUUUGAUAAUUUAAUUUAAUUUAAUUUGGCUAUAUAUCCUUGUUCUUCCAAUAUAUAGAAAUGGGCAGAACAUACAUUUUAAUUGCAUUAUAUUGUGUCACUGUUCUGUAUAUUUAUCAUAAGUAUAUUCCCAAGAAAUCAAUGUAAACUUUUGUAUGGACCACUAAUUAAUACAAGACCCUGUUAACAACAAAGUCAUGAGUUUGAUAUAAACCCACUGUGGUUUUGAAUUUGGACUUUCAUGGAGAUAAGAGCAGUACAAUCAUUUGACUUACCCAUUAUACACCUAUGAGCAUCCUUAAGGUGUCAUUUACAGUAACUAUUCAGCUACCAUUAACGCUCAUGACUUAUAAUAGGUGGAAGUGGGCAGAAACUGAUCUAUGUCUGAGCUGCAUGAGGUGCUUCUUUUUUAUAGACACAACCAUAAAUAGAUUCCUGGAACGGCACCCUAAUGUAUUCCACAUGAGAAUUCUUUUAAGAAAUCAACAUCAGGUUUAUGAGUAUUUAUUACUUUACUUGGAAUACAGCAAAUAUAUGCAGCAAAGAAUUGUUUAAAUAAGUAAUUGUUUUUAUAAUUCUUACACAAAGACAAAGUAAAGUCCAGUCUUUGCCAGAAAUAUUUUGCAUGCAGUAGAGUUUGUAUAGUUUUAAAACCAUUUAUAAUACGUAGAUUUUCAAAGGAGGGAGCCAAAGAUCCCAUUCUUAGCAAUUCUAAUUUUUUUACCUGAGCUGUGCAUUUAUGUACAGUAACAAAGCAGCAUUGAAAGUUGAGUGGAGUAGGUGAAAACAGCUGCUACCCACAUUUAUCUCACCUACUUAAUGGAACCUGCCAACUUGCUGCACCUCUUAGACUCGCUCCGUAAAAUAAGCAGUGGCUGUUCAAUAUUCUUCCUUAGCAAUGGGUGACCAUUGUCGUCUUUGGCAGUAUACAAAUCUAACGGAAAAUACAAAUUAAUGAUUCUGUGUUAUUUAUGUAGAGCAUAAAGUAUAGAUGGUAUUGUCCAUGAACAGCUGUGCCAAACCAAUAACAUUCUUGACCCACAGGGCUUACAGUCAGAGACAGUACAGUACAAUCCAGCAAAGAAGCAGUGGGUGGCCCAUGUAGCCAGGAUGCAUCAGGGAACAAAUAGAUUUUAGAGUGUCUUUUGAAGAAGAGAGAGGUUGCUUUACAUACGUUUGCUGGGAGGCUGUUCCACUGGUAGGGCGGUAUGGAAGAAGGUAAGGAGUGGGGCAUGAGCAAAGGAGACAAAGUGGGCAGAAGGAGUUCAGGUAGCGAGAUAAUUUGUAAACUAAUAAUUUCAAUGGAAACAUUGCUUUUGUUAUUUUGAUUUUUUUUUAGUUUUUAUAGUUUGUGUUAAUCAAACUCAGAAACUGAAGAUCUACUGUCCAAUAAUGUAAACUGAAUUCAGAGGAACUUUUUGUAUUAAAUAACUGGAGAUACUCAUAGUACUACAA